AUGGCCAAGACAAAGCCAGCAGCUUCUCCCAAGGAGGACAGCACAGCCACCUCAGGCCGCGGAUCUCGCGGAGCCGCUGGAGGCGUCACCAAGCCUGAGGGAACCCCGGCGCGUGGCCGUGGCCGCCCUCGAAAGGACGGCAGCUCAGGCCCGCCCAAGCCCAAGCCCGCGUACGUGCCCACUGGGCGCCCCCGCGGUCGCCCCAAGGGAAGCGGCAAGCCGGCCGCUGCCGCCAAGCGCGCUGCCAAAGCAGCUGCUAAGCCAGCAGUGGCCGGGGGGCGUACUCGCGGACGACCUCGCAAGUCGGACGCUGAAGCUGGCGCCGCGACAACCCCCAAGUCUGCGACCAAGAAGGGAAGGAGAGCGUCCAAGGCAGCUGAGGAAGAGGAAGAGGUUGAGGACAAUGUUGAUGAGAAGGAUGCCGACGAGGAGCAUGAUGAAGAGGACGAGGCAAACAAGCAGAUUGAGGACGAGGCCAAUGAUGACGCUGAAGAAAACAGCGAGUAA